CCUUGUUUCAUUCACUCACUUUGAUUUAUCCUAACGAAAAGGCUUUUCCGUUCACAAUCAAAACAUAUGCGGCGAAGAUGUGUGGAGGCGCGUUCACUAUGGGAGCAGAGAGAGAGAAAUCACCAUCAGACAGUCCAUCGCAGCCAUCCUCUAAACGAGCCAGACUGUCUUCCGCCGCAGUCGAGCCCGUCUUUGGACGGCUCGAAGUCACCGCAGAUAUCAACUCUGAGGACAUCAUCCGGAUCAGCAGUAAGCGUCUGGGAGAUAAGAGACCCAUCAUCGACCACCUUUCGGACGAUACCUUUGCCAUCAUUGGUCCCCGUGAGCAAGCCCACGUCAUGCUCGACAAGAUCCUCCGCCAUAGCGAUAACCCUACUUUCACAUGCAUCGCGAGACUCGUUCCCGGCACGGAGAAGGCGUCAACACCCAUCUCUACCGUGGCCGUGUCUCCGGGCGUGACACAUGAGGUCCUUCACCACGGCAUCGGCGAGACCAAGGCUGUUCCCGCUCCCGAGCUCGAAGGAUCGGUGAUUUCCCGCCGCAGCCUCGAUGCUGCGCUGGAAAAGUGGUCAACAUGGGGCAACCCCGACGUCAAGCUGAAGUUUCUUGUUGAUGAGAUGGAACGCCUUGAGCCGCAGGCCCGUUCCGUUGAGCUGCUCGUGAUACAGCGACUCGCAGCUAAGCACCCAAGGAUGACUGUUUCUGACUUCAACUCAAAGCUCUUAACAAGACAACGGGCCUGUUACAAUCUAAUCGCGAAGCUGGGGAAGACGCAGGUCGGCAAAGAUACGAUCUGCUUCAACCUUCUUACACACUUCUGGUCGAUGUCCAACAACCCAAGUCUGAGUCCCGGGGUUUCACUUAGGCCGGGCCCCACUUUCCCGUGGAACAAGCUGAGGCCUAGCGAUAUGGCAGGUGGUCCUGAUCCGUCAUAUGAGAACUUCCUCCAGGAGCGCAAGGAAUAAAAGAGGGCCUCAAAGAGCAUACUUUUUUAUGUAGGGCGCUCAUCGCACCAAGUCAGGGCCUUGUCGCCAUCUUCACUCGAGAGCGAUAACAUCCCGGACGCGACGGAUACACGAUACGACACGCAAAUGAGCGGUUCUUGGGAUGACCAGGCUGGCGGUUUCCAUUACAUGGGCAUG